AAACAACCCCGCCAUUGUGCCAAUUCCAUAGCCCAAUCACCCACCAUACGUCUACUCCGUCUUCUCCGCCGGUUUCCUAGCUUCGCCAGAUCAAUGUCAUUCUACGCCCACGAACGCCGAAUCGCCGAGCUGGCAUGCCGGCGCGCAUCUCUUCUCACCGACAGUGUCUACCACUCGCAGGUUAAGGGCACCGUCACCAAGGAGGACAAAUCUCCCGUAACCAUCGCGGACUUUGGCGCACAAUCCAUCGUAAUUGGCGCCGUCCUGCACGCCUUCCCCAACGAUGUCGUAGUCGGCGAAGAAGACGCCGACGUGCUACGACAAGACUCGCAUACCCGUGACCUCGUCUGGAAUCUUGCGCGGAAAGCGGUCGAGGACAGCACGGAGCUCUCGGGCGACAUCGGCAGUAUCAAGGAUGCUGAGGAGAUGAUGUCGCUGAUUGACCGCGGCAACAGCAUGGGAGGGAACAAGGGCCGCAUCUGGGCGCUGGAUCCUAUAGACGGGACCAAGGGCUUCCUCCGCGGUGACCAGUACGCCGUGUGUCUGGCACUAAUGGUGGAUGGGGAGGUAGUAACCGGGGCGCUGGCGUGUCCCAACCUUCUCGUGGACCCGUCCAACCCCUCGGGCCCCCGGGGCGUCCUCUUCUCCGUCACCAAGGGCGAGGGCUCAACGAUGAAGCCCCUCUCCUCACCGCUCUCCGCCGAGGGUGUACCCGUGCACAUGAACGCGCUCACAGACAUCACCGCCGCCAGCACGUGCGAGGGCGUCGAGGCGGGGCACUCGUCGCACAGCCAGCAGGCGAACAUAGUUGCGGCGCUCGGGAUCACGAAACCCAGCGUGCGAAUGGAUUCGCAGGCGAAGUAUGGCAGCAUCGCGCGCGGCGAUGGCGAUGUCUACCUGCGCCUGCCCACCUCGAAGACGUAUCAGGAGAAGAUCUGGGAUCAUGCCGUGGGCAAGCUGCUGGUUGAGGAGGCCGGCGGAAUUGUCACGGAUGCGUACGGCAAGCCACUGGAUUUCUCGAUUGGACGCACGCUGUCGGCGAAUAAAGGGGUUGUUGCCGCGCCGAAGGGGUUGCAUGCCGUUGUGAUCAAGGCGGUGAGGGGGGAGUUGGAGAAGGCUGAGGCGGCGUUGUAAUCGAAUGACUAGACAAGGAAAGCUUCCGGUCGUCUUGCAAGGAGGAAAUCGCGACAUCAUGAAGGCUAGAUACUCAUGCUAGAUCACUCGAGGUUUGAGUGACACCCCGCG